AUGAGCGGUGAAUCCCAAAAGACCAAGGCUACGUGUGAUCUUAAAACAACUGAAUAUUUUAUCCAAGCAUGUCUUACUCGAAUUUACAAAGGGGAACGAAGUGGCACAACUCUUACAAAAAGAGGAUGGAAAGCUGUAAUUGCAGAAUUUAAUUGUCAAAGUGGCAGCAACUAUGACAGGAGCCGAUUGAAGAAUAAGUGGGACUGCUUAAAAAAAGAAUGGCAAGCAUGGGAUAAAUUGUUUGCAAAAGAGACAGGGCUAGGGUGGGAUAGUGAAAAUAAUACUGUGGAUGCACCGAAUGAAUGGUGGGAGAGAAAAAUAUUGGAAGGAUCUGGGGACAGUGAGAAUGCAAGUGGUGAAGCCGCUGAAAAAAUAGCAAACAUUAAUUUAAAUGCAUCCCAAGGAUCCUCAAGCAAAGUAUGUGGGGGGAAGAGAAAUAAUGAUGUUGCGAGUGGGAAAACAAAGAAGGUCAAAGGCCUUGCCUCAUCAAGAAUAGCUGAUGCUAUAACUCUUAUUGCAGAAUCAUGCCGUGCACGUGUUGAUGGAGUUCCCGGUACUUCUAUUGGUGAGGUGAUGGCUGAGCUGCUCACUAUUGAAGAUGUUGCUAAUGAUCCUGAAUUUCAUGCAAAAUGCUGUCAGCUAAUGAUGCUUAAGCCAGCCAGGGAGAUGUUUAUUGCCUUACGCGAUGUAGCGGAUAAAAGGUUAAAUUGGCUGCAACAUGCAGCAUAUAACCCAUUGCCUUACGAGGACAUAUAA